AUAAGGGCGGCGUGACUGAAUGUUUACUGUGACAACACUGUCUUAUUGGAGAUAACAUUGUCUCGGAACUUGCAUAAUGAUCGACAGUUAUGGACAAAGGGUUUGAAGAGCUGUUUGUAGAAGUAAACAACAUUGUUGAAACCAAGAGGAGACGACUGGAGCUUCUAACAAAGGAGUAUGCUGUACUGUUGAAACCAUGGCCAAGUCAGAAGAAAGGUUCAUCUGAAGAUGGUGAGGAGAAGGAUGCAAGUGAAGGCAGUGCAGGUCAACAGGCUGUUCCUGUUCAGGAACAGGUCGAGCUCGACCUGGUGGAGAAGUUUCUCAACAGGGCACAGAAAGCCAGGGAUGUCCAGAAAAAGAUUGAUACUAAACAGACCCGAGAGAGGAGGUCAGGUGCCCGAAGACUGUCUGAGGAGAAGGAAGACAACGGGGAGGCAGGAGAACAAGAACAGACCGAUAUAGAAUACGGUAUCUGCUCACAGGAGAAUCUCAACAUCGUUAAUAAGAUCAGACAUGAAGUUAGAAAUGAACUUUUGCAAGGAACGACAAAUCCAAAAGAGAAUUGUCCUUCAGACAAGACUAGGAAAGUUUCUGAGAAUACAGUUGCAUCACAACCCAGAGGCUCUUCACAGGUCAACAGUGUUUCACAUACUAAAGACUCUUUUCGUGUUGAAAGUACUUCACAUGCCAGAAGUUCUCAAAUAAAAAGUGCUUCAGGGGGCAGUCAUGUUUCACAAAGUGAGAGUGUUUCCAAUAGUCGUAGUUCUUCUCACACAAAAACAGCAUCACGUGGCAGGAGUGAUUCAACUGCUAGUGGAUCUCUUUGCAGAAACUCUUCACAUAACAGAAAUGCUUCACACAACAUGUCACAUGACAGAAAUGUGAAGGAAAGAUCAUCUGUAUCAAAGCCACCCAGACCAAGCAGUGGGAGAACAUACUCAGCUCAUGUUAAAGCACCUUUCAAAACAGAUCCCAAUGUCAGAGUACCAAAGACAUCCACUUCCAAAGCUGCCAUGGCGGUCCACAAGGGACAUUCAACCACACGGCCAGGAAGUGGUGGGACCAAAAGUCAAAGACCCAAAUUAACGGAGCACAUUAACAGUAAUGUGAAAACUGGGAUGACUAAACCUGUCGGUUCCAAAUCAACUAGCAGUGACUAUGACAGACAUGUAACCAAUACACAAGAACAAACAGGCUUGACUAACACACAGACAUUGGGUGAGAAUGUAGCAUCUCCUCCACUUGUCCAAGCAGCAAGUAAUGUCAAGACAUUUGAUAACCCACAUGUGGAGCCCCCAUCAAAGCCAGUUAACCCAAAAGCAAUAAGCGUGCAGACUGCAGAUAGCCCACAUGUUUAUCCCCUUACAGGGUCAGUUAAUCCAGCAGAUAGACUAUCAAACAAAAUGGAAGGCCUGCAAGUAUCUGAAGCAGAUGUACAAGAAAAGAGGUUCACAUUGCAACAAGAUGGAGGUAAGAUAAAUAUACCCAGUAGAUUUAGGCGGAAAGUGGCAGCAAAUGAGAAACUGAGGGAAAAGGUUGCAACCCAGAGAGUUACAAAGAAAGUGGGCAGCUUUGACACAAAGAUGGAGUUCCUGGAAAGGCUGGAGCGUGGGUUCCAUCCUGAUAGUGACCUUGUCAUUCAGACAAGGGCCAUGUCAUGUCUAGACGCAUACCAGCGCCUCCAUCAACUGUUGGAAGGCCUGAAGCUCAGCCACAUUACAGAACUGUCCUCUGCCAGCACCAUACUGCGGGCCAAGAUGAUGAUGGAGUACAUUCUGGCUUCAUGUGACAGCCUGCAACGUGAAGCAGAGACCCUAGUGGAAGUGGAAUACAGUGCCCAUCUCAACAAGCAGUCCUCUCCCCUCCAGAUACAAAGGGAGACUACUCUGUCUCAGUGGUUACCUCACAGGUGUAUGAGAGAUGUGCAGCUGCCAUGUCCCUCUGUCAUCACGUACAGGACAUUCAAAGAGUUGCAGCAGUACAAGCACCAGGUGUUUCAGCUGCAGUAUCUGCACUUACAGUCAGUUGUCAUGGAAAUGGCCAUCAGGAAACUUCUACCUCUUUUACAGAAUCUUGACCCCAAAUCCAGGGAAUAUAUCAUGAUGUACAGAGCCGUCUAUGCCUUCUUGUCAUCAGCUGAAGCACAACACCUACCAGGGAUUGUUAAAGAGAGCAUGUAACCAUUCUACUGGCUACCGAUACUCAGGCAGCAAAACCAUUCCUGGGAUUGUCGGAGAGUGAAUACAUUUUCAUUCCUGGGAUUGUCAGAGAGUGAAUACAUUCUCAUUCCUGGGAUUGUCAGAGAGUGAAUACAUUCUCAUUCCUGGGAUUGUCAGAAAGUGAAUACAUUCUCAUUCCUGGGAUUGUCAGAGAGUGAAUACAUUCUCAUUCCUGGGAUUGUCGGAGAGUGAAUGUUUCCUUACUCCUGGGAUUGUCAGAGAGUGAAGUACUAAGUACUUCAAGUACUAAACAACAUAAGAUCUGGCAAAGUUUUGUGACCUACUUACGGACCCUAUUAGUCCCUUGCAAGGACAUGUAAGCUUCCCAAGAGUUCCUGGUAUGUUGUAUAAUAUUUGUAUCUAUAACCAUUGGGUAUUCCACUAUAUAGCAAUGGAGUACUAACUGUCAAUACUAUGGCGUCAACAUAUGAAGUCACAACAGAAUUGUAUCCGAUAGUCAGGUCACAGGGACACCGAUACACAGAC